GCCAGUCCGCGGACAGGGAGAGAAGGACAGUCUCGUCACCUGGGAGACAGCUGAUUCGAAAAAACGUUGUUUAAAUGAGCGCGAAGGAACGGCUGUAGAUUGCUGGAAAUUCUAAAAAAUAAUUUCUCCAGAAUAGAUAGGUAGUACUUCACCUAUUGUAUGGGCAAUUUAGAAAGCACAUACAAAAUGGAAGAUGUUUCAGUUGUGGACCUUUCGGCGGAAACUUUAUCGUCGCCCACCAUAGUGGAUGUUAUCGAUUUAACUAAAGACUCACCAAGAUCACUCAGACCUUUAAGAUCACGACAGAGAAAUGCCGGUGUAUCUUCUAGCCAUAAUACAACCGUUAAUUUAGAUAAUCAUCUUAAUAAUCAUAAUCAUAAAAGACACUUAUCUCCUAUGGUUUUAGGGAGCAUGCUGGAUAAUCAAAUGAGGCACCUUAAAAAGAAAGCGAAGGUGUCUCAUAGUACCAGCUCAAAUGAAAUUUUGACCCUCGAUGAUACUGUGGAUGAAGACAAAAACACGUGUUACACCGUCGAGUUGGAUAAUAAAGAAGCGGUAGCUCUAACGUGCCCGAUAUGCUUCGAAUCGCUGUCAUCCAAUCUGAAACCAAUUACCACUCGUUGUGGACAUCUAUUUUGCUCAGAAUGCCUGCAGACAUUCUUUCGUACAACCAAAAAAUGCCCAACUUGUAAAACAUCUAUAACUUUAAAAUCUUGUACUCGUUUAUAUCUUUAAGUAUUAUUACAAACUACUUUAUACCUUUUUGUAUUCAUCUUGUGAUUUUAAUUAUACAUACAAAUUGACAAUUGUAAGUCUGUUUGACCUGUCUCUUUGUACACGCUACAUCUAAGAGAAAUUUCUAAAACAAUAAAAUCAAAACGAUGUAACCGCU